AUGCAAUUCAUGUUGCGUUUUAGUACUCAGGGAAAGCUUCGAUUGCAGAAAUGCCAUGUCCCACUGUCAGACAAAGAGAAGAAAAAGAUCACAAGAGAACUUGUUCAAAUGGUUUUAGCAAGGAAACCUAAAAUGCGCAGCUUCCUUGAGUGGCGAGAUCUGAAGAUUGUUUACAAAAUAAUACAUGCCAGCGUGUAUUUUUGCUGUGCUAUUGAGGAUCAGGACAACGAACUAAUUACCCUGGAAAUAAUUCAUCGUUACGUGGAAUUACUUGACAAGUAUUUUGUCAGUGUGUGUGAACUUAAUAUCAUCUUUAAUUUUGAGAAGGCCUAUUUUAUUUUGGAUGAAUUUCUUUUGGGAGGGGAAGUUCAGGAAACAUCCAAGAAAAAUGUUCUUAAAGCAAUUGAACAGGCCGAUCUCCUGCAGGAGCCCCGUCACGAAUAUUUUAAUGUCCCCGUGUAA